AUGUCCAUCAAACUACCUAACGGUGAAUACGCCAUCCACACUUUGGAUGGCAGACCCCUUGCCUUCCCCCUCAUUGUUCAUCCCGACCUUGGGGACAUCAUUAUCCCGCCUCCUCCCAGACCUGUCUACGCUCUUCCUGAGUCCUUCAAGCCUGAGCCUGUUGAGUAUCGACAGUUUUUGGUCACUUUAAUGGAACCAGAGAGAGAUCUCUAUCAGAUCAGUGCUCUCGUCAACAACAACGGUGGUCUUGUUGAAUGGAUUGUGUCUCCCCAGAGAUGGAUCCUCAGGCCCGGACAGGAUGGCGCGCUCGUCGUCCAAACUGAGGACUUGGGGUCUGCGUGGGUUGCGCCCCCGGAGGGAAAGUACGAGCAGAUCCGUGUUGAGAACGUCCCAUGGAAUGCACAGACGAACCCCGUUUAUCCAACGCAGUACCUGUUCAGAUUCAACAAGCUCUGA